AUGCAUCAUCCAUUCCUCAUUCUGACAUGGUAUCAGUUAGCGCCCUUCCCCCCGUCGCCUAGCGCCAUUUUCCCCCCGUCACGUCGCGCCCUUUUCCCCCGUUGCGUCGCGCCCGUUCCCCCCCGUCGAGUCGCGCCCUUUCCCCCCGUCGCGUCGCGCCCUUUCCCACCGUCGCGUCGCGCCCUUUCCCCCCGUCACGUCGCCCUGCCCCGUCCCGUUGCCCCUGCCCCGUCCCGUCGCCCUGCCCCGUCCCGUCCCGUCCCGUCCCGUCCCGUCGCCCCUGCCCCGUCCCGUCCCCGUCCCGUCCCGUCCCGCGGCCCUGCCCCGUCCCGUCCCGUCGCCCCGUCCCGUCCCGUCGCCCCUGCCCCGUCCCGUCCCCGUCCCGUCCCGUCGCCCUGCCCCGUCCCGUCGCCCCGUCCCGUCUCCCUACCCCGUCGCGUCGCCCUCCCCCGUCGCGUCGCCCUGCCCCGUCGCAUCGUGCCCGCCCUUUCCCCCGUCCCGUCGACCCUACGCCCUGGCCCGUCGCUCUAG